AAAAAAAUGGCGUUGGUUGAUGGUUUAUUGGGAAAAAUUAAGCCUUGUUUUCUUAUUGGUUAGAGAGAUUUAUUCUUUGGGUCCAUUUCAGAUACUUUGGAUAUCUAGUAAGUUAUCCACAGAGAUAAGAGGAGAGUGUGUGUGUGCGCGCGCUUGAAAUUUUGGGUGGUUCUUUGAAGCUCCAAUAAGCGGGUUUUUAUGUUUCAUAAUUGAAAUGCAUAUAUUCUGUACCAGAGUAUCUUGGGCAGCUUUGCAUCAAAGGAGAAAUGCAGUGGUUAGAGCUGAAGUGGGAUUUGUGAAUGGUGAGGAAGCGAAGAGGCUAGUUGUUGAGGAAGGAUACACUAUUUUAUGUUCGAACAGAACACAAUAUGACAGGGCGCACAUAAAGUCAUGUUACCAUGUUCCUCUUUUUGUGCAGAACAAGGACAAUGACUUGGGGACAAUUCUGAAGCGGAUGGUCCACAACAAUUUCUCGGGUCUGCUCUUCGGACUGCCAUUUACCAAACUAAACCCUGACUUGUUUAAAUCAGUAAAGAAGUUCUCUGCUGACAGUAAAUGGUUGCUUGUGUGCCAGGGGAGACUGAGGUCUACUGGAGCUGCUCGAAAGCUAGAGGAAGAAGGCUUCCAGAAUUUAUCAUGUAUUACAUCAGGUCUUCAGUCGGUAAAACCAGGGACUUUUGAUUCAGUGGGUUCCACUGAACUGCAAGAUGCUGGGGAAGGCUGGCCUGUGACUGUUCAAGGAAAGAUAUCUGCUGUUCUUGGUACAGUGCUAAUAUGUAAGUGCCUUUCUUUCAUUACAUUCUUCCCUGAACAAGCUGAAAAGCUACUUCAAAUGGGCCCCCAAGUUAGCUUCACAAUUUUGCUGCGAUCUGAUAUCAAGUUGAGUUGUAUGGAUGUUAGUGAUGUAGAAUAUACUUGGAAAUGCAAUGUUCUUUUCAGGAUGAGCAAUGCUAUCAGAAACUCAAAUGGCGAUUGGGACUGUAUUCUGUUCCACAGUGCCUAACCAUGUGAGAUGGGGUUUUGCCUACAGGCCUGAUGGAAGCUACUACCAUUUUCUGUAUUGCAGGGCGAAACACUAUAUGGAUCUUCAGAGACAUAACGAAGUGCGGAUAUAGGAAUCAGAUAUUUGCCUAGUCAGAGCUUUAUUCUGAAAUAUAUGCUCCAUUGUGAAAGAUGUUGUACAUUAUCUAUACUUAUAUUGGCUCAAUGUUCAUACUUUUUGCCGUUCAAGUUGUCUGCUGUCUUCCCUGUAAUGCCUACAAAAAUUUGAAUUAUAUCUGUAACUUUCAUUUCUGCAAUUGUUUAUCAAAUGCAGACUUCAUUUUUGUUUUGGCGUCA